AUGAGCACAAUCAAGAUCGCAACUCAUAACGGACAUUUUCAUUGUGAUGAAAUAUUCGCUUGUUUCCUCUUGAAAAAUCUACCUCGAUACGCAGAUGCAGAAAUUGUCAGAACUCGCGAUCCAAAGGUUCUAGCUGAAUGCCAUACAGUUGUUGAUGUCGGCGGUGUCUUCGAUGCUGAACAAAGACGUUUUGAUCAUCAUCAAAAGACAUUUACAGAUACGUUUCAUUCUCUACGACCGGAGAAACCUUGGACGAUCAAAUUGUCCAGUGCUGGUCUAGUUUAUGUUCACUAUGGCAAAGAAAUUAUAGAAGAAUUGCUGAAAAAAGAAUCUCUGGAAGAACAUGAACGAAACCAUUUGACUGAAAUCUUGUUCGAUAAAAUGUACGAAAAUUUCGUGCAAGAAAUUGACGCUAUUGAUAACGGAAUUGAUAUUGGCGAGAAUAUCAAAUAUAAAAUUAAUACGAAUCUUAGCGCACGCAUUGGUUUCUUCAAUCCAGGCUGGAAUGACCCUAAUCCGGCCGAAACGGAAGAAACGGGAUUUGAACAAGCCAUGCAAUUGAUUGGUAAAGAAUUUCUUGAUAAAUUUCAUUAUUAUAUUCGUCAAUGGUGGCCAGCAAGAGCUCUACUUGAACAAGCCAUUGCUAAACGUUUCGAGAUUGAUCCAUCCGGUUCUAUACUUGUUUUCGACCGUUCAUUUCCGUGGCGUGAACAUCUGUUUGACAUUGAAACUGAACAAAAAGAUACUCUUGGCGAUACAAUUAAAUAUGUACUGUAUCCUGACUUGAACAAAACUUGGCGUAUCCAAGCUGUUCCAUUGAACAACAAAUCAUUCGAUAAUCGUUUGUCAUUACCAAAACAAUGGCAAGGCUUACGCGAUGAUGAAUUGAGCGCGAAAGCUGACAUACCAGGAUGUGUGUUCGUGCAUGCAUCCGGUUUCAUUGGUGGUAAUCUCACUUUUGAAGGUGUUCUAACAAUGGCCAAACGUUCGUUGGAAAUAGGAAACUCCAACAAGCGUAAGAUUGAAGAAUGA